AUGGGCGAGACGUCAGAAGCGCCGAAGAAGCUGCCAGUAGCCGAGAAGACGGCUCGCAUUGCUAACCAGCGUCAGCGUCUUAAGGGCCUUGUGUUCCAAGAAGAGCUGGAGCCUGCAUACUGCCUCAUAGACGCUGUAGCGCAUCAAGUAGAAGUCAACCAUGUUGCUUGGAUCCCUCCGAGUAAGUGUCCAAAAAGGGACCAAGAGUUGAGGAUAGGGGCAAAGGAGAGGAGCAAGGUCCUCACCUUACAUGAGAACACCGUUACCCUUGCCCCCGUGGCGGAUCAGUUAACGGCAAGCCAUGCUACUUCUCUUGAGAUCCAGUGGUGCUUGCAGCGCAGAGGGCUAGCAUAUGACAUGAAUCAGGCCAUUUCCUGGGAGACUCAUGAAUCAUGGGUUUCCUACUUGAUGCAGCACCUCACGCGAGAGGCUCCGCCCAACUAUGCCAGCGUCGGGAUCAAUCAGAUCCUGAAAGCUGACUCAGAGCUUUUUCUCCUGAUUGCUAAGGAAGUCUCUCAGGUACGAGCUGACUCCACGGGCAAAAUGCCCGUAGGCGAGGCCGUGCAGAAGCUUCGCCACGAUCCACGUGUCGUGAUGCACUUGCUUCCUCUCCCAAAGGGUCAGUCCAGCAGCGCAGUGCCUGUCAACGAAGCAGAGCCCUCCCGUGGGAGAAAGCGUCAGAGAGAGCGAACUGGCGGCCUUCAAGCACCUGUGAAAACGGCUAAUUUGCCGAAAGAGCUUCAGGAUUGCCCUCAUCUGACCUAUUCAGAUGGAGCACAGGCCGGCAGCAGCUUCAUCACAGGAGCCUUUCGACAUGGUGGGGUCACUGGUUCUCACAAUCACAUCGCAGCGCUUACCCCCUUCUCUGGCGGGGGAGUCAGAGUGCACAGAGCCGAUUCCACUGAGGACUUGAACUUCACUGCUUCAAGGACGUUGCAGUUUGAUGCACACUUCGACCAUGAAACCUUGCCAUGGUCGGACGGAGAUAGGCUCGUCUUGGUCGUCUUUUCCGUCGGUUGCAUUGAGAAUCUGGAGCCAGAAGCCUUCAAUCAUUUGCACUCCUUCGGAAUCCCCUUGCCGUGUGAUAUGCGCCAUGCAAAGCCCUCUGAACUUACGACCACAGGUGAGCCAGAUUUGGGCAUGUGUCUAGAGAUCUUCUCUGGAUCAGCUAGGCUAAGCAUGGCAAUGCAAGAAGCAGGUUUUCAAGUCUUGGCCUUCGACCACAAGGCAGGCCCAGCCUUUCCAACUCAGCUGUUAGAUCUCACGACCCCAGAUCAUCAGGAUGCCCUGUGCGAGAUCGUAGUGGACAAUGCCUCGCGCCUUCAGCACAUACACAUAGUGCCUCCUUGUGGCACGUGUUCUGCAGCCAGAGAACGGCCAAUUCCUGGAUUCAAAGAAGCGGGCCUAGCCUCACCUGCCCCGCUCCGGGAUUCUGCUCAUCCCAUGGGGCUACCCAGCCUCCAGGGGUCGGACUUGAUUAGGGUGACGCAGGCGAACUGCCUUUACAAGUUUGUUUGUCGCCUCGUGCGCUUGGCCAAGUCCCUUGGGAUUGCAGUCUCCAUAGAGAAUCCUGGCAAUCCUCUUCGCGCAAGUGUCGGGUGA